AUGCUUGGCAGACUGAAAAUGUCAACCGAAGAAGCACUACAAGAGUACGACAGAUUUGCUCACAAGAUAUUUUCCACCUCCAAUCGCAAGAUCGCGCUGUCCGACCGCUUUAAGGCUUCUACGCUUCAGGAGGCUAUUGAGGAUCUUGUUGCCAGGCGUGGCAAGGGCCAGUUGAUGAGCGAGCCCAAAGAAAUCGCGAGUGACUGCAAGACCUUUGUCUGCGCCAUGCCCACAAGGGACUUGGCGGACCCUCGUCGAUUUCGGAGUUAUGAGGUGGAAGGAGACCGCUUCAAGUCUUGCAAAAUCUGGGAAGCAGCGCGUGCGACGUCUGCAGCCCCCACGUUCUUCAAGGCUAUCACCAUCCAAGACGAAGCUGGAAUUGCGGAGGAUUUUGUUGAUGCAGCGAUGGGUUAUAACAACCCAGUUGAGUGGUUGAUUUCAGAAGCAGGUUCUGCAUUUAAUCGCUCGAGGAAACUUGGCUGCGUUGUCAGCAUUGGUACAGGAACGAAGCCCAAAUCCAUGGAGCGAUCUCUCUCCGGGGCCAAGAACAUAGCACGCGUCUUAAAGUUGAUGAAAGACAUCACCACAGACUGCGAACGCUCCCAUAGGGCCAUGGAGAAGCUGUUACAGGACUUUCCUGGCACCUACUUUCGUUUCAACGUACCAAGUGCUGCAGAAGAGGUUGGUCUUGACGAAUGGAAGAAACUCGGUUCUCUGAAGGAAAUGACAAGCGAGUACCUUGAGAAAGCUGAACAGGCGGAGAAGGUUGCCGAAAUAGGAGACAUGCUGGCCACAAAAGCUGGGAAGGGCCUCAAUGUUGGUCACAUUUGUUACCCAAGCAAAGCCCAAGUGGUUGCGAGUCUUCGAAGAGCCCAGCCCAGAGGCCUUUCGAGCCCGUUUUUCACCGGCCGGGGGCGAGUACUUCAACAGAUGAGGCAAUACUUUGGUAGCCGCAACGAUCAUCAGACCCGAGCGAGGGAGUUUCUGGUAUAUGGCAUGGGUGGAUCUGGCAAGACACAGGUUGCUUUGAAGUUCACAGAGGAAAUGGAAGAAGAAGACAGGUUCGACCUUGUUUUCUGGAUCGAUGCUACAAACGAAGUCACGAUCAAACAGAGCUACAAGAGUGUUGCUUCUACGGUCUUUCCCGAUGACCCUGGAGACGGCAAGUCAAUGCCUCGAGUGCUGGACUGGCUUUCUGAAACCGUUGAAGACUGGCUCAUGGUCUUCGACAAUUGCGGAGCCGAGCCUUUGACGAGCAGUCUACCGUCGAGACGAAAGGGAAACAUCCUCUACACUAGCAGGUAUGAUCUCCGUGCUAGGUUCACCUCGGACGCCGUGGCAAACAUCAACGAGAUGGAGCUGGAUGACGCGAUCCUCUUGUUACUGAAGACGUCCUCUGGCUGGGACUCGCCCGAGAUCCUUGGAGGUCACGAGGCCGCAAAGUCUGUUGCGGUUGCGCUGGGUCGACUGCCGCUGGCUCUCGACCAAGCUGGUGCGUAUAUGCGAGAGAAGCAAUGCUCGUUUGAGGAUUAUUUCCGACUCUACUGGAAGCAGAAAGACACUAUUCUCCAGAACCCUCUCGUCAAAGGCGCGGUAGCCGAGAACCUGGCGGUGUAUGCUACAUUUGACAUUUCGUUCGAAGCGUUGGAAGAGAGAUUCAAGGAGCAGAGACAUUCGCAAGAUGGUCUCGCUGCCCGAGGCGCCUUGCAAAUACUCAGUAUGAUCUGCUAUUACCAUAACCACAACGUGUUGAGGGAGACUGUCGGGCGAGCUGCUCGAACACGCCAUAAGACUGACCGAGGAAUACAUUAUCCUUUGGGCAACGGCGACUUCUCACUCGAGCAUCUUGUUGAAAUGGAAGAGGGUGUGUGGAAUCCAACAAACUUCGACCUGGGGCGUGACCUCCUUGCCAGCUACUCGCUCAUCAAGAUGGACACCCACGGCGAAUACAUAUCUAUGCAUAUCUUGCUGCACUCGUGGGCGCGAUCCAAGAUGGAGCAAUUGAGCAAGUCGACAACAGGCGGUUCAGCUCGGGCUCUGCUUUUUGACUCGAUACCCUUCAGUCGAGCACAGAAAGACUUCAUCUACCGCCGUAAGUUGGCUCCUCACGUGGACGCCUGCGAAGAAUAUGUGAAGCUCAAAAACCCCGAUGACCUUCUGGAGAGCGAGUACGAUGGCAGGCUGGCCGUGCUCAAGAAGGAAGCCGGAAUGUUUGAUGCUGCCGAGGCUCAUCUCGAGUCAGCGAUUGCCAAGCGGAGGGAGGUGUAUGGAGCCGACACUGUUCCAAUCAUUUCGGCUAUUGAGGGGCUCGCAGAUGUGUAUGAGGCACAGGGCAGGUAUGCCGACGCAGCCGACAAACUCUACGAGGCGAUUGAACGACGUGGUGGGCUUCCCAAAGACGACCAGCGCAACCUCACCAAGUUGAUCAGGGACAAAGAGGAUUUGGCGGGGGUGCUCAUACUACUUGAUCAGAGAGAGGCCGCAACGCAGCUACUGGAAGAAGUAGUCACGGCGAGAGAAAAGAUGUAUGGACCCAACUCCAUGGACAGCUGGGGCCUCAUAGCUUCGAGAGAGUCUCUCCAAAGAACUAGAUCUCGACAGAGCGACAGAUAUCUGGACAAAGAAGACCUAGAGGCCAGCAUCGAAAUCCUCGGGCAUGCCGAACGCUUAUGCGGCUCAGAUUCCACUGCGGCAAUGUCUGCCAGACGAUCCGUUGCUCUGGCCCUUGCACAAGCGGGGCGAUACCGUGAAGCUGAGAAACUCUACAUGGAGAUCUACGAGCACUUCAAAGAGCUCCGUGGCGAGUCCGACCCAUACUCGUAUGCGAUCGUUCACUGUCUCGCCGGUGUGCUGCAAGACCAAGGGAGGCACCUCGAGGCAGAAACGCUGUUCCGAAGCUAUUUCGUGUUCAAAUACCAGACUCUUGGCAAGAGGCACUUCGACACGCUGGGCGCUCUCAUAGGUCUAGCCAUGUCCUUCACUCACCAGGGACGGUUCAUGGAGAGUGAACUUUUGAUGCAGAAGGUGCACGAUUACUUGGAGGCGCAGUUCGGCAGCACACACGUGCUUGUAGAAGAGGCCAAAUCCUUCCUUAACCAAGCGGCAAGGGCGCAUGGGAUGUGCCAGGAGCUUUUACGACGAAAAUGCACAGAAGCGGCCCUGGCAGCUUCAAGAGCCGCGCUGGGUGACCUCAUGCCUCCUGACAUCGACAUGAUCAUGGCAAUCAUGCCGCAGACUUUUUCUGGUGAGUUACCCGAGUGGGACUUUCUCACCCCGAGAGAUAUCCAGAGGAUUCAAGAGAGCAUACCCGAUCCGGUCUUGUUCUGUUCCCAGCUGCAAGAGCCUCUCACAGAAGAGUUGGAGAUGGAGAUCCUGGAGAAGUGGCUCAAGAGCAAGGCAGAGCAGUUGAAGUUGAAUGACCCCGAAACAACCUAG